AUUGGGAACAGUAGGGACAGUGUUGUAACUCGUAUUUUUAAAGCGACAGUAGACCAGACUUUUUAAAUGUUUGGGAUUCAAGAUACUUUAGGAAGAGGACCAGCUCCGAAAGAGAAAUCACUGGGUGCCGAGAUGGAUUCGGUCAGGUCCUGGGUCCGGAAUGUCGGCGUGGUGGACGCCAAUGUCGCGGCGCAGAGCGGAGUGGCCCUGUCCCGGGCCCACUUUGAGAAGCAGCCUCCUUCCAACUUGAGGAAAUCCAACUUCUUUCACUUCGUUCUGGCGCUCUAUGACAGGCAGGGGCAGCCAGUGGAGAUUGAGCGCACAGCCUUCGUUGAUUUUGUGGAGAACGACAAAGAACAAGGCAACGAGAAGACCAACAACGGCACCCACUAUAAGUUACAGCUCCUCUACAGCAAUGGCGUCCGAACCGAGCAGGACCUGUACGUCAGGCUCAUCGACUCGGUCACCAAGCAGCCCAUAGCUUACGAGGGACAAAAUAAGAAUCCAGAAAUGUGCCGAGUUCUCCUGACGCACGAAGUGAUGUGCAGUCGAUGUUGCGAGAAGAAAAGUUGUGGGAACCGAAAUGAGACUCCUUCAGACCCCGUCAUCAUCGACAGGUAG